GUAAGCCGAUUUGAUGAAGUCAACCCUACGGCUAUGCCUCACGUAUUUUAUCCACUGCAGUAGUAUAGCUUAAUGAAUGUCACUGCGGUAUAAACGUCUGACCUUGUUCCUUAAAUAACUUGCUGAUAGCUAGGUUAGAGCGUUGGAAAAUUGUCACUAGGUCAAAGGUCAAGGUCACGGUGACUCAACUAAGAAAAUUGGUUUCUGGAUGAUAACUCAAGAAGGCUUGCACCUAGGAUCAUGAAACUAAAUAGCCUUGACAUCACGCUGUGACUUCAGACGUUCACGGUAUGACUUCAGACGAGGUCAAGACUGAGUUUGUUGUGUCUGACUAUGGCAAGACCAAUGUGAAGCUCCUCUUUGUGAGGAAGGGACAGUCCAAACACCUUAUCAAGGAACUAGAAGUAAGUUCUGCCCUCACUCUCAACAACCACCGAGACUAUGUGUUUGGGGACAACUCUGACAUUGUGGCAACAGACACCCAGAAGAACACGGUCUACAUCCUUGCCAAGAAACAUGGGAUAAAGAACAUCGAGACAUUUGCACUGAUUUUGAGCAACCACUUCCUGUCAAAGUACCCCCAUGUUGUUGCUACAAAGAUCUCUGUGCAGGAGUAUCCAUGGAAACGAGUGCAGAUGGAUGGACAGCCUCACAAUCAUGCGUUCCAGUAUAUUGCAGACUGCACCCGCGUGUGUGAGGUCAACCAGAAGAGAAAUGAGAAGCCAGUUGUGAUGUCUGGAAUUCGUGACCUUCGUGUUUUGAAGACCACUCAGUCAGCGUUCAAGAAUUUUCAUCAGGACGAGUAUAGAACGCUUCCAGACACGGACGACCGCGUGUUCUCCACGGUGGUAACGGCCUCUUGGUGGUACAACACAGCAUCCGGAUUCUGUUUCGAUAAGGCCUGGGAGACAGUAAAGGCCACUAUAAUGGAGAAGUUUGCUGGACCAGCAGACAAGGGGGUCUUCUCAGCCUCUGUGCAGCAUACGCUGUACAUCUCGAGCCAGGCAGCUUUAUCCAGAAUACCUCAGAUGGACCAUAUUGAAAUAACUCUGCCUAACAAACACUACUUUGACGUGGACUUCACCCGAUUUCCACAAGUAGAAUUUGCGGGUUCUGAAAAUAAUCAUGUGUAUCUUGGAGUGGAUAAGCCUUCUGGGAACAUCCAUGCUAAGGUGAAAAGGGCUGCAAGCGCCAAACUGUAGACCCCCUUCUUCUAGCUGCCUUGGUCAAGAUGGCCACUUUCAAGGGUUACAUUACACUUGAAAACAGCGGGUUAUAAUGAGCUUUGUUUGUAAUAUCAGUAUGGUAAAAGUCUUAAUAGAUUUUGAAUGCCAACGGUCUUCUUUUUAAGCCCAGGUAGGGUGGCAACUAUAGCAUUUGAACUGUCAGUUUGUCUGUCUGUCUGUCCGUCCGUUUGUCAGUUCGUCUGAAAACUUGAAUAUUGGCCAUAACUUUUGCAGUAUUGAAGAUAGCAACUUGGCAUGCAUUUGGCAUGCAUGUGUAUCUGAUGGAGCUGCACAUUUUGAGUGGUGAAAAGUCAAGGUCAUCCUUUAAGGUCAAAAAUAAAAAAAUACAAUCCAAGGGAAGUAAUAAGUUUUAAAAGGGAGAUAAUUUCUAAACCUGCCAAAUGAUCUAUUGAAAUUUUAUUUCAAAGUGGCGCCAUAUGGGGCAUUGUGUUUCUGACAAACACAUCUCUUGUUAUCUAUGAAAUUGUUUAAUUUAUUUGUAAGCACCUUUUUUUUCAAUUUAAGCCUGAAAUAUUUUUCAUUGUGUUUGUUGCGAAUUAAAGGGGCCUUUUCACAGAUUUUGGAUUUUUUUAAAGUUUGUCAUUAAAUGCUUUAUAUUGAUAAAUGUUAACAUUAGGUUUAAAAAUCUUCAGAAAAAAAAACAAGAAAACAAUUAAAGAAUUUUUUAAAAAGUUACCCUCAACAGGGCUCGAACCACUGACCCCUGGAGCCAUGGAGCAAAAGUCUACUGCUCAAUCCACUAGACCAUCCGUGCUCAUACCAUUACUGUCAAAUUUUUAACAUUAUAUAUGCAAUCCUCGUAGUAUAAAAAAAUACUACAAAAACAGAAUUCUCCAAAUUAUUCAAUCAUUUGGCGUUGCAACGCUUUAUAACUUUCCGGUUUUUAAAUCGUCAAAAAAUGCACAUAAUGGAUAUUUUAGAGCAUGGUAAAUGUUCAGUAUUACUGUUUCCUCACAAAUAUCAUAACUUCAAGGAUAAUUUGCGAAUCUGAAACAAUUUUUUUCAGUUUUGUCAAUUUAGCUAAGCGUAAAAAGGCCCCUUUAAAAUUUUGAUAAAUUUAGUAGAAAAUGUCAGAAAUCAAGGUAUAAGAUUGUUUCAUUGUUAUAUUUAAAUGAGUGUGUUGUUAACUUGUUGUUGGAGAUAAAAGGUUGGUUUAGAAAAUUUUGAAUAUUGAAACAUGUGUACUUUCCUUUAAACUUAAGAUUAUUAUGUCCCCCACUAUAGUAGUGGGGGACAUAUUGUUUUUGCCCUGUCUGUUGGUUGGUUGGUCUGUUGGUCUGUUUGCGCCAACUUUAACAUUUUGCAAUAACUUAUGCUAUAUUGAAUAUAGCAACUUGAUAUUUGGCAUGCAUGUGUAUCUCAUGGAGGUGCACAUUUUGAGUGGUGAAAGGUCAAGGUCAGCCUUCAAGGUCAGAGGUCAAAUAUAUGUGGCCAAAAUCGCUCAUUUUAUGAAUACUUUUGCAAUAUUGAAGAUAACAACUUGAUAUUUGGCAUGCAUGUGUAUCUUAUGGAGCUGCACAUUUUGAGUGGUAAAAGGUUAAGGUCAAGGUCAUCCUUCAAGGUCAGAGGUCAAAUAUUAUGUGGCCCAAAUCGGUUAUUUCAUGAAUACUUUUGCAAUAUUGAAGAUAGCAACUUGAUAUUUGGCAUGCAUGUGUAUCUCAUGGAGCUGCACAUUUUUAGUGGUGAAAGGUCAAGGUCAUCCUUCAAGGUCAAAUAUAUGGGUCAAAAUUGAUCAUUUUGUAAUGUCAUUUCUGCAAUAUUGAAGCUAGCAAUUUUAUAUUUGAAAUGCAUAUGUAUCUCAUGGAGCUCACAUUUUGAGUGGUGAAGGGUCAAGGUCAAGGUCUCUUCAAGGUCAAACGUCAUAUAGGGGGACAUUGUGUUUCACAAACACAUCUUGUUUUUAAAGAUUAUUUUCAAUAAGUGAGUAAAUAAAACAAAAAUGUAACCAUAUGUAAACUUGAGGAUCUGUCAAUACUUAAUAACAUUAUUUUAGCAUCGUUUAAAACUGAUUUAUGUAUUGACAUAUUCAAAUAAAGAAAUGUACUCUUUACCAUAUAAAGGGAUGCAACAGUUAGAUUACUUCAAGAAAACAGCUAGUUCGUUUUGGAUGCAAUUUUUAUGAGAAGUUCAUUAACAUCAGAUCAAACUUUCAAAAACUGUAUUUAUUAUACCCCGCCAUAGGCGGAGGGAUAUUGUUUUGGCGUUGUCCAUCUUUCCGUCCGUCCGUUCGGCACUUUUGUGUCCAGAGCCAUAUCUUGGAAGUGCUUUGGCAGAUUUCAUUGAAACUUGGUAUGAGUAUAUUAAUGGAUAAGAGGAUGAUGCACGCCAAAUGGCAUUGUACACCAUCGAUUAAUAAUGGAGUUAUGGCCCUUUGUAUUUUGAAAAAAUGCUUUUUUGUGUGUCCAGAGCCAUAUCUUGUGUCCAGAAGUAUAACGGCGGGGGAUAUCAAUUCAAUGAAUUUGCUUGUUCUUAUUAAAAGGGUAUGUAAAAUACUUGUCAUAUGUUUCAUUCGAAUAUCAAAUUAUCAGAAACUAAGGAUACGUUUCAUUUUCUUUAAAGCUUUACCAAACUAGACCCAAUGAAUUUCAGUUUGUUUGUUUUGUAAUAUCUAUGAUGACACAUUUGUUUGAUCUUCUAUGAGUUGUAUGAAUCUGUAUUUUCAAGGCACAUUUCAAUUUUGUGCAAUGGGUAUGCAUUUUUCUAUGUAAGUCUAUUAUUCUGCUUUUUUAGCUCACCUGAGCGAUAGCUCGAGGUGAGCUAUUGUGAUCACUCAGCGUCCGGCGUCCGUCCGUAUACAAAUUUGUAAACAUCUUCUUCUACUAAACCAUUGAGCCAAUUUCAACUAAAUUUCAUGUGGAGCAUCCCUAGGUCAUGGGACAAAAGAAUUGUUAAAAAAAAUUUGAUCACAUAACCAAGAUGGCCGCCAUGACCAUAUAUGGUAAAAACCUUAAAAAAUCUUCUUGUCAGAAACCGCUCAUCAGAUUUUCAAAAAAUUUCACAGGGAUGACCUUUGAGGGCUCCCCUGAAAAAGUUGUUCAAAGAAAUUUGAUUCGUCAAAAAACAUGGCCGCAGGAGCUCGUUGAACUUUGCAUGUUUAUUCGUUUUUGCCUAUUUUGUGAAAACUUUCAAAAAUCUUCCACAUUUUUUGUCCGAUCCUUUCCAAAUUUGCACAGUGUCUUUAUAUCAAUGAGGACACAAACCCUACAAAAAAUGAGCAUUAUUGGUCCAUGAAGUACAGAAUUACCUCCCCUUGAAUUGAGAAAAUGGUGUUUAUGCAAUAAAGUCCAAAUUUUUCAUCCAAUUCUUUCCAAACUUGUAAGGAUUUAGCAUGGUUCAAACAAGGGAAACAACUACGGUUUAUGCAUGUUCUUUUUAUUACAGAUUUGCCUCCCUUUAAUUCAUUCAAAAUCUCAUUUUACAGCAGAGAUUCCAAAUCUGACCUGUAAAUGAGCCCCAUAUUUUCUGCUGGUGCUAUGUUACCUUUUCCCAUUUGAUCAUUCUUAAGUAUUGGUCUUGUAAUGCUGCUACUGCUACUGCUACUGCUACUACUACUACUACUACUACUACUACUACUACUACUACUACUACUACUACUACUACUACUUCUACUACUACUACUACUACUACUACUUCUACUACUACUACCACUACUACUACUACUACUACUACUACUACUACUACUACUACUACUACUACUACUACUACUACUACUACUAGUACUACUACUAGUACUACUACCACCACCACCACCACCACCACCACCACCACGUCUACUAUUACUACUUCUACUACUACUGCCACUACUACUACUACUUUUACCAAUACUACUACUACUACUACUACUACUACUACCAAUACUACUGCUACUACUACUACUACUACUUCUACUACUACUACUACUACUACUACUACUACUACUACUACUACUACUACUACUACAACUACUAUUACUACUACUACUACUACUACUCCUACUACUACUACUACUACUACUACUACUACUACAACUACACCACCACCACCACCACCAUUCAUAGUGACAAAAAACGUAUUCACACAAUGGCUGCUACUACAACUUAUAGCCCAUAUAGGGGGGCAUGCAUGUUUUACAAACAGCCCUUGUUUCUAUGGGAUUUUAACCACAACUGUUCAUGUUUAUCUCCGACAUAUAUUUUUAGGUCACCUGUCAUGAAGUGACACAGUGAGCUUAUGUGAUCGUGUGAUGUCCGGCGUCCGUUGUGCGUGCCUGCGUGUGUCCGUGCGUCAACAAUUUGUUUGUGUAGACAGUAGAGGUCACAGUUUGCAUCCAAUCUUGAUGAAAUUUGGUCAAAAUGUUUAUCUUGAUGAAAUCCGGUUUGGGAUUGUAUUUGGGUCAUCUGGGGUCAAAAACAAGGUCACUAGGUCAAAUAAUAGAACAACCUUCUGUAGACAAUAGAGGUCACAGUUUUCAUCCAAUCUUUAUGAAAUUUGGUCAGAAUGUUUAUCUUGAUGAAAUCUGGGUUGGUAUUUUAUUUGGGUCAUCUGGGGUCAAAAACUAGGUCACUAGGUCAAAUAAUAGAAAAACCUUGUGUAGACAUUAGAGAUCACAGUUUUCAUCCAACCUUUAUGAAAUUUGGUCAGAAUUCUUGAUGAAAUCUGGGUUUGGGAUUGUAUUUGGGUCAUCUGGGGUAAAAAUCUAGGUCAAAUAAAUAGAAAAACCUUGUGUUGACAAUAGAGGUCACAGUUUUCAUCCAAUAUUUAUGAACUGUGGUCAGAAUGUUUAUCUUGAUGAAAUCUGGAUUGGGAUUGUAUUUGGGUCAUCUAGAGUCAGGAACUAGGUCACUAGGUCAAAUCAUAGAAAAACAUUGUGUAGACAAUAGAGGUCAUAGUUUUCAUCUGAUCUUAAUGAGUCAGGUGAGCGAUUCAGGGCCAUGAUGGCCCUCUUGUUGUUAUGUUCAAUAUUAAACAGAUGGGUGUUAGGUCUCUUUAUAUUGUUGUUGUUGUUUUUUAUAUCCAUGUUUACAGGUGUAUACACUAUGUGAUAAUCAAGUAGGUUUUGACGCUAUGGUUGCAUUACAACUAGUCCAUGUGACUUUGUGAAUUGAAUAUCUGUAUUUUAAGUAUUAUAAGAAAAGUAUGCGUGUUUUUUAUACUAUACAUUAUUAAUUGACAUUUACGAAUAAUAUAACUGUAAUGCAUGUUUAGCAUUUUAAAGAUCUUGAUUGUUGUUUUAAGUGUAUCACAUAUAUUUAGAUCGCUUAGAAUUAACAUUUGCUAUUAGUGAAUAGUCAACAAUUCAAUUUUCUUCUAGAUAUUUACAUUAUUGUUUCUGGGAAAUUGCUUUGUUAUUAAGUGACAGCAUUGAAAACAUUGCACACUGUAUUUUUAAAAAAUUAGACAUAAAUGCGGUGGAUUUGCUUUUUUAGUAGCAAAAGUAAUAGCUUUAUAGAAUAUAAAAAAGCGUAUAAACACUGAAGAUGGGGUAUUUUGAUUCUGUAAUUAUUGUAAUUAUAUUGUAUAAUCAUCAUAUAUUUGUACAGAAUAUAAACGCACAUUUAGUUUACUUUCAUUAAAAGAGGCACCAGUAUAUUUUAUAGAAUGUAUUUUUUUAGAUGGGAUUGAUUAUAGAUUGAAAGUUUUUCACACAAUAAUAUGGUCCAUUAGUUAAUAUUUGGAAGUUAUGAGUUAAUUACUUAUAUUGAUGAAUGCAACAUGAAACCAGUAAAAGAGUGAUUAAUUUA